UUCCCGAGAAAAAAAAAAAUCCUUAACAGUACACCAAAACAAUGUCUGGAGGUGUCGGUCCGACGUACAACGACAUAACCUUACCAAAAGAAGAACAACAUCAAACCCAAACCUCAACAGUAUCAUCCACCGGAAAACCCGCCGGAUUUUUCUCAUUCCGACAACUAAACAUCCUCGCAAUAAUCAUCGUUCUCUCCGCAAGUGGUCUCGUAACAAUCCAAGAUUUCAUAUUCACAAUCCUCACUCUCAUCUACUUCUUCGUCUUCUCAAAACUAAUCUUCCCUCCACACAACAAUCCAAACCGUGACGCUCCUCUCACAAGCUCCACAAACAAAAUCUUCCGUAUCUAUGUAACAUCGGCGGGGAUCGUCGGACUUAUAAUUCCGAUCUGUUACAUAUUCGAAGGAAUCGUGGAGGAUGAUAAGAACGGUGUGAGCGCAGCUGCACCGCACGUGUUUCUUUUAGCGUGUCAGGUUUUUAUGGAAGGAUUGGCGUCGAUGUUUGGCUUCUCUGCUCCGGCGAGGAUUCUUGUUCCGAUUGUUUAUAACGCGAGGAGGGUUUUGACUCUUGUGGAUUGGAUUAUGAGUGAGUUCUCGAGGGAGGAUGGGACGGGGACGGUUUCAGUGCGGCGGAUGUACGCCGGAAAAGUUUUGGCGGCGGUGAAUUUAGGGAUUUGGUCGUUUAAUCUCUUUGGUGUUUUGAUUCCGGUUUAUUUACCGAGAGCUUUCAAGAGGUAUUACGGUUCUGAUAAGGAGAAUUGAAACCCGGUUUAUUUCCGGUUAUAAUAAGGAGAAUUGAAACCCGGUUUAGUUCCGGUUUAGUUUCCAGCUCUGGUUGUUUUCUUUCCCAUUUUGUUUAAACGGUCCGGUUUGGUUUUAGGAUUAAUCGUGAUCUAAAUGUGUUUCUUUUCUAGUUUCUGUAUAAUUAUUUGAUGUUUUCUUUGAACAAUCCAGUUUAUGUAGUUCACAGUGUUGUUAGAUUUCUUAUAAUAACCAAAUCUCUGUUUGGUUGAAAGAACA